GUGCUUCUCCUCACCGCAGGUUCCUCCUCUACGCUUCAUUCAUUCAUUCAUUCACUCAUUCCCUCCCUCUCCCCCCCCUCCUUUCAUUCACGAAGGUUGCGAGGCCUAGUUAGAAGCUAUGGAGAGCGCUGUCCCCGCCGCCGGCUUCCUGUACUGGGUGGGCGCGAGCACGGUGGCCUUCGUGGUCCUGCGCGUCUCGUACUCCCUCCUCACGGCCUUCCGGAUGUGGAGUGUGGGUAACGAGGCCAGAGUCGGCCCGUGGCUCGGUGCCUGGGCAGUGGUCACAGGCAGUACUGAUGGAAUCGGAAAAUCAUAUGCAGAAGAGUUAGCACAGCAUGGAAUGAAGAUUGUCUUAAUCAGCAGAUCACAGGAUAAACUGAACCAAGUUUCCAGUGAGAUAAAAGAGAAAUUCAAAGUGGAAACAAGGACCAUUGCUGUUGAUUUCACUUCAGAAGAUAUUUAUGAUAAAAUUAAAACAGGCCUGGAAGGUCUUGAAAUUGGUGUUCUAGUGAACAAUGUGGGAAUGUCAUAUGAGUAUCCUGAAUACUUUUUGGAUAUUCCUGACUUGGACAGUACUAUCAAGAAACUGAUAAAUACCAAUAUUCUUUCUGUUUGUAAGGUGACACGACUGGUACUGCCUGGCAUGGUAGAAAGAUCUAAAGGGGUGAUUCUGAAUAUCUCCUCUGCCAGUGGCAUGCUCCCGGUUCCACUGUUGACCAUCUACUCUGCAACCAAGGCUUUUGUAGAUUUCUUCUCUCAGUGCCUCCAUGAGGAGUAUAAGAGCAAGGGCAUCUUUGUGCAGAGUGUCCUGCCAUACUUCAUAGCGACUAAACUGGCUAAAAUCCGAAAGCCAACCUUGGAUAAGCCUUCUCCAAAGACGUUUGUGAAGUCUGCAAUUAAAACAGUAGGCUUGCAGUCCCGAACCACUGGGUACCCAAUCCACGCUCUCAUGGGCUCAGUAAUGAACUCAAUCGUGCCUCGUUGGCUGUAUUUUAAAAUAACCAUGUAUGUCAACAAGACCAUAAGAGCACGCUAUCUGAAGAAAGCAAAGACAAACUGAGAGUGGUUAACUUUGAGUCACCUGGCCAGGUGUUUUGGCCUUUCUUCAUUCACUGCAAGGCACCUGCCCGUCCCCAGAAUCUGCAAUAGUUACUAACAUGGCUCACUUUCAUCAUGUUUAGGAGGAAAACAGAAGAUGCUUUUUAGAGUUCCUGAUACAUACUCUGGCGAGUAAUUUCUAAGUUUAAUGUAAAUGCUCAUGUCAAAGGGAUAUAAAACUAAUACUACCAAGAACAUAAUAAGAGUCAAACAUGAAACUCAACAGUUUCACCUGCUCAAUGCCAGUGUUGAUUAUUCUAGUAUUUUCUGUGAAACACCAUAAAACAUGUAAUGGAUAGCUAUUCUUUUUGUUUUUAAUACUUUUGGGGGGUGGGGAUUAACUGAUUUUCUUACAGGGUGGACAUGUUACAAUUUCCACCAAUCUUUAGGAUGUUUUCUAAAUGUAUGUCCCAGUCUGUACAUUUUAUAUGGGAGUACUUUUUCUUAAAAGUAACUAAUGACAUAGAAAUAAUUGUGAAAUUAGUUAUUUAUGGCACAUGAAGCUAAAAUGUUAUUUUCCCCUCAGUUUGAAGGCAUGUAAUACUGAAAGCUAUGUCGGAUGAUAAAGGGAAAAAAUGUACAGUAAGGCAGAAACGUCCUGUGAGACCACUGGGACCUACCCAGGAAAGUAGCCUUUUCAUUUCUGCACAGGGCCAGUA